GCACGCAGAGCGGCGCGAGCCGCGCGGAGACGAAGCGGGAUUUGAAGCCUUCCGAGCCGCUCGAGCUGAGCAGUGACGUGAUUUCCUGGAGCUGGCGGUGAGCGCGCGUUACUGCAGUGCUCGGGAGCCCGGAGAGUCCGUCAUGGAGAGGAGCUCGGAGACCUGAGCGUGUCGUCCUCCUCCUCCUCCUCCUCCUUCCCCCCUCCCGCGCGCGCACCGCAGUAACACUCAGCGUAGGCUUUAACACAACACCCGUUUCAGUCACGGGAUACAUUUAUUCACGCAUUUGGUCCGCACGGCUCUACGUGUCGUUAGCAGCAGCAGCAGAAGCAGCAGCAGCAGCAGCAGCAGAAGCAGAAGAAGCCCACCAUGGCGGAGCGCAGCGGCCGGCUCAGCUUCCCCGGCAGCGGGGCGCUCAACAGACCUGUUCCGAUGAACCUGUUCGCCACUUGGGAGAUCGACGGCUCGUCUCCGAGCUGCAUCCCACGGUUGUGCAGUCUUACUCUGAAGAAGCUUGUGGUGAUGAGGGAGUUGGACAAAGAGCUCAUCUCUGUUGUCAUUGCUGUCAAGAUCCAGGGCUCUAAAAGGAUCCUAAGGUCUCAUGAAAUAGUGCUGCCCCCAAGUGGGGUUGUGGAGACUGACCUCGCUUUGACCUUCUCACUACAGUACCCACACUUUCUGAAGCGCGAGGGAAACAAACUGCAGAUCAUGCUACAGAGACGGAAAAGGUACAAGAACCGGACAAUUCUAGGCUACAAGACCUUGGCAUUGGGCACGAUUGACAUGGCGGAGGUGAUGCAGCACCCCACAGAAGGGGGGCAGGUGCUUUCUUUGUGCAGCAACCAAAAGGACAUGCUGGGGAAGGUGGCUGAGAUCUGGAUUUUCUCUUUAUCCAGCCAGCCUAUUGACCACGAAGAUGCUGCGCUUCAGGAUGGUCAAAAGAUAAAAUGCACAGAUAACUACUCGGAGGAGGAGUAUGAGAGCUUCUCGUCGGAACAGGAAGCCAGCGAUGAUGCAGUACAGGGACAAGAUCUGGAAGAUGAUGAGUAUGAUGUGAGGAAGCCCAAGAAGCAGAGGAGGUCCAUCGUGAGAACAACAUCCAUCACUAGGCAGCAAAACUUUAAGCAGCGGGUUGUAGCUCUUUUGAAGAGGUUCAGAGUUUCAGAUGAGGUGCUGGAUUCUGAGCAGGACCCAGCUGAGCCUCCGCCGGAGGUAGAGGAGGACAUUGAUUUGGAGAGCCUGGAGUUUGAAAACCCCAGUGACAGCUGUCCAGAGCUGGAUGAUGAUGACAGUGUCCUCAGCACCCCAAAACCACAACUUAAGCCAUACUUCGAGGGCCUUUCCCUCUCUAGUUCCCAGACGGAGAUAGGCAGCAUUCACAGCACACGCAGCCAACGUGAGCCCCCGAGUCCUCUGGAUCCUGACAAGGCAAAAAUCGCAGCCACCAAAUUUCAAGUGGACGACGCCUCUGAUAAUGCACCCUUUCAACACCCGGAGGCUGUGACUCCCACCACUGAACUAGAGAUGGACAAUAUGGACACGUUCUUAGAAAAACUACCCCCUACUGGCAAGAUGACCAAAACAGAGUCGCUCAUCAUCCCUUCCAACAGACAGGAGCCCAAGAUAGCCGGCCGAAGGGGUAGAAGCACUUCGCUCAAAGAGCGACAGCCAAGCAGGCCGCAAAACGAGAGGGCCAACAGCCUGGACAACGAGCGUUCCCUGGACACACGCUGCCACCUACAGAUUCCUAGGAAAACAGUGUAUGACCAGCUCAACCACAUCCUGGUUUCUGAUGACCAUCUCCCAGAGAGCAUAAUACUCAUCAAUACAUCGGAUUGGCAAGGGCAGUACAUGUCCGACAUUCUCCAGAACCACCACCUUCCAGUUGUCUGCACCUGCACUACCGCUGACAUCCAGGCUGCUUUUAACACAAUUGUGUCACGCAUACAGAGAUUCUGUAACUGUAACUCCCAGACACCUGUCCCCAUCAAAAUUGCAGUGGCUGGGGCGCAGCACUAUCUCAGUGCUGUCCUACGGCUUUUCGUGGAUCACCUGUCCCACAAGACCCCCGACUGGCUUGGCUACAUGCGCUUUCUUAUCAUCCCACUUGGUUCUCAUGCUGUCUCAAAGUAUCUGGGCUCCAUAGAUCACCGCUACAAUAGCUUGUUCCAAGAUGCAGCCUGGAAAGACCUCUUCCACAAACCAGAGGCCCCAGUUGUGGUGCAGGAUAGCCCGGACGUGGUGUCCAGGGUGACACAGUACAUGGUGGGUGCCAACGGAGCCCACCAGCUGCCCAUCGCUGAGGCCAUGCUCACCUACAAGCAAAAAAGGAAAAAGAGCUUUCAUUUUGAUUUUGCCGUAAGCCCAGAUGAAGACUCCUGCCAAAAGUUCAUUCCUUUUAUUGGGGUAGUUAAAGUGGGCAUCGUGGAGCAGUCUUCUACAACAUCCGGAGACUCUGAUGAUGCAGCACCAGCUGGGUUGGGCCUUCUCUCUUCUACCCCCCCACAGGUUUCCCCUGCUCUAAAGGAAGCAUCUCCAACUCCGCCUUCAUCACCUUCCGUCAACACUACCUUCUGUGCAUACAGUAGCAGUUCCCCCAGCGGAGGACAGGGAGGGGAGCUCAUGGGUCUGCAGGUGGAUUACUGGGUGGCUCCCUCAGACAGGAAGAGGGACAUGGAAAAGAGGGACUCAUCCACCAAGAACACUCUGAAGUGCACCUUCCGCUCCCUUCAGGUCAGCCGGUUGCCCCUAAGUGGGGCAGAGUACAGCCCUCAGCCCACCAUGUCCAUGACCGUGGUGACCAAGGAGAAGAACAAGAAGGUCAUGUUCUUGCCAAAGAAGACUAAAGACAAGGAAGUGGAGUCUAAAAGCCAAGUGAUCGAAGGGAUCAGCCGAUUAAUUUGCACCGCCAAGCAUCAGCAGACAAUGCUUAAAGUGCUUAUUGAUGGCAUGGAGUGGAAUGACGUAAAGUUCUUCCAGCUGGCUGCACAGUGGUCCUCUCACGUCAAGCACUUCCCCAUUGGCAUUUUUGGACACACAAAAGGGCCUUAUUAGCCGCUCUUGGGGGUCUUAUCUGGAACUGCAGAGAGCUCCCCAUGUGCCAACAGCCUUUAGUCUCACCAUAGCCUACCUCCUUUGGCCUGACCGCUCGUCCUGCUCUUUUAAUUUAAUACUGUGUUUCCCCUGCUGUUGUUUUAUUUUUUUAAUGUGUUUGUUUGUUUUUAACUUUUGUAAGACUGUAAAGAGGCAUGGCUGCCGAUGGGAGACGAUUUUCUUUUUCUAAUUUUCCCUCAUGCUUUUUAAAUAUUUCCUGCUGACUUUUUAUAGACUU